AUGCCACUGUCCAAUGUGGACACUCAGACCUCGACGAGUGUGUCACGUUCGCAACAAGCGUCCAAGCCUCGGGACGGACGUACAAAACUGUACUAUCAGGGGUACUCUUUUGUUCGAGCUAACGGAACUUCAAACAAGAUAUCGUAUCGCUGCAGCUCAUAUCAUUCCCCCUGCCCUGCGCAGUUUGCAUUCUACGCGAGUACGAUGGCGUUUGACUUCAGCAGCAUGGAGGCUCAUACAUGCCGUGCUGGUCCUGCUCUCCGAGGAGCAACGGUGAACCCAGGCGAUCACGCCAUAGAUGCUUCGAACGACAUCAUGGAGGAGGUCGACAAACUUGCUACUCAAACGACUCUCACUCAGAGGCAAAUAUGGAUGGCUAUUGUGGACAAGUUCUACAUGAACGAUGGGGCUCCGGUUCGCGGCGUAUCGGAGAAAACCGUCAAAAACCGUGUGCAAGAAGCUUGGGGCCACGAUUCCAGUCACGGCCGAGCCAGUAUCAUGACGAACCCCCGACUGACCAAGAUUAAAGGAUCGCACCAAGGCUUCUUCCAGUUUCAGUAUGCCUGGCACGAUGACGUCAAGGCGCUGAAGAAGCCGCCAAAGGAUGCAAAUGGCAUCGAUCAGAUAACUGCGUGGGCUCAUCCUACGCUUUUGAAUUUACUUUGCUUCGAAAACUUGUCGUGGUUUAUCGACGGCACGUUUAGAUGUGCCCCCGUCGACUAUAAGCAGUGUGUCACAAUUAUGAUCUAUGAUCUUUCCAGCAAGCUGUUUCUCCCUGUCCUGCAUGCGGCAACUACAUCUAUGACGAGAAAAUCCUACGUCCGACUGCUGCAAUGUGUACAAGAUGCUGUGGGGAGCAAACUGGUUCCGAAAGAUGUGGUGUGUGACUUUGAGAGUUCACUGAUUGGAGCACUUCGCGAGUUCUUUCCUGACGUCACCAUUAUCGGGUGCCUGUUUCAUUUUAAACAGGCAUGCCGUCGCAAGAUGAAAUGCAUUGGGCUACCAGUUGGUGAAAUCAAGGUUGCUAUGUCGCGUAAUGUCUUUGACAUACUUACCGUCAUUGAUCCCACCAAAAUUGCUGUGCAGGGAAUCACUUGGGUGAAGGCCAAGAUUUGCAGCGUGUGUGAGGUGAAAGGUCUGGAGUACUCUCGCAGCAAGUGGCGAACGUUUUGGAGCUACUUUCAGCGGACUUGGUUGGAGACACACCCGCCGGAAUACUGGAAUGUGUUCGGCAUGAGGCGUGACAUCAUCAGCCGGACGAACAACCCAUUAGAGCGAUUUCACCGUGAACUAAACAAGCGGUUUAAUGCUCGUCCGCCCAUGAAAACCUUCGUGACUUCGCUAGAGAACCUUGCUCGCGAGUACGUUGCGCAACGGACGACUGUCAUCUCAGGCUUAGCCAAGCCACCUGAGCGUACAGGAUUCGUCCUACCAAGACAGCCAAAGCUGCCAGAGGUGAGCGACAUCGUCGACUCGCCAGCCAGCAGCGACGGUGAGGGUGAAAUUGUCGAUGCUGACGCGGACUCGGAACCAUACAGCAGCGCUAUGUCCUCGACGGGUGACGAGAACGUGGAACCCGGCGAGUACAUUCAGCCGGAUCACUCCUUCGAGUACGACGGCGAGACGUAG